AUACAUGACAUGAUUGUGUUGUGUUGCGUUGUGUGCAACUAAGUGCAAGGGUGAAAACUGAGAAAGGAAGAGAAGGAGAGAAAUGAGCAUCACAUCGACGGUAGCGUACGUUGCUCGACGCGCGGCCCAGAAGGAGAGGGUGCGGAUCCUCUACCGCCGUGCCCUCAAAGACACUCUCAACUGGGCCGUUCAUCGUCACCUCUUCUACGACGAUGCUUCAAGACUCCGCGAAAGGUUCGAGGAAAACAGACACGUGGAAGACCUUGAUACCAUUGAUAGGAUGAUAGAUGAUGCUGAAGCAACCUACAAUAAGUUUCGCCAUCCUGAUCCUUAUAUAGUUCCUUGGGCUCCUGGUGGUUCCAAGUUCACUCGCAACCCAGCUCCACCUCAAGGGAUUGGGAUAGUUUAUGAUUUUGGCCUUGAAGAAUAAGAUCUCUGAAACCUGAAUUUUUUUACUUGCAAUAAAUAAAGGUUUGCAAUCAGAUUGUGGAUUAAAUCACCUUCAUUUACUCUUAUGUGAUGAGUAUAAAUUGAUACAGAUUGAGUUCAUGCUAAUGUUGAUAAAAUUUGAUCGCACGCCAUGUCUUCAGUGAUGGUCAACCCUUGAAUCAGAUGGUUCCUGUAAACAUUGAAUGUUUUGAUACUGUCUUUGGUACUUGUUAGUGCUGAGUUCGGAGUUCUUUAUUAACAAAACUAGUUUCAUAAAU